AUGGCUCAGCUUAAGAGCCUACCUGACGAGCUCCUGCUCGAUAUCGCGCUACGCCUUCAGCCACCCGAUCUCAAAGACCUAGCUCUAACCGCACGCCAGUUCCGCGAUAUCGCACAAGAAGCUCUCCACACUUCCAUCAGUCUGAUGACGUAUUACCAGUCUCUUCCGGAACUCCUCAUAACCCUAGUUGGAAGGCCAGAUCUCGCUAAGAAGGUCCGCUCUUUGCAAAUAACGGGAUAUCGUAGUCCUCAGCAAGUUUACAGAUCGGCUGUAGGCUAUGAUGACUCCUGGGACCAGGUUGUCACACACGCAAUGAAGUCGACACAUUCUUGGCCCAUCGAUCAGAUGAAGUGGGCUAGCAGAGUCAAAUACGGCGAUCUUCAUGCUUGCAUUGGCCUAUUGCUGGUGUUGACAGAUCAGCUGCAGAAUCUUGCGUUCUGCUCUGGAGAUAACCAGGAUUUCAUGACACCGCGGAGUCUGAGUCUGACAUUCCCUGGCAUAGCCGAAAGGCAUGCUGUUACUGCUCCUGGUACUUUGCUUCUUCCACAGCUCCGACGGCUAUCUGUUGCUUGGGGAGAAAUGGACAGGUCUUGGUCUACUUUUCCAAACCUGCUACACUUGGAUCUCGACUGUACAGGGCCCGUAGCAUGGGACAAAGAACCAGUCAUCCUAUUCCAUGGUAUCACUACCUUGACACUACGGCGCCCAACACUUUACGAAUAUCAGCCAGCGGAUACACAAGACCUAUCGCCUUUCUUCCAACGGCUCCCCGCCCUGAGGUCUUUGCGCUUGUGUUUUACCAAUUGGAGAAAAAAAGAUGGCAACAUGUAUGAUGGGAUUCGGGCUUAUUAUAGCUCUUAUGAUCCCGGCAUCCCGACAGAAGAACGCAUAUGCUACCCUAAGCAAGAAUUUACGUCUUCCAUCAUUAUCGAUCCGCUGAUCCCUGCCUCACAUCUUCUGGAAGAGCUGGAGCUAAAGUGCUCUGACACCGGAGAUUCUAAACAAAUCGACUACCUCCGACCAUCACGAUCGUUGCAACGUUUCACUUUAAUAAAGCGCCUAUCCAUUCCGCAAAGUGUUCUCAUCAACUCAACCCCCUACGAAUGUUCCCCUCUCCAUCCGUUCGAGGCGCUGCCGCCGAAUGUAGAGUACCUUGAUGUAGCUGAUCCGACUACCGCUGUGAUAGAGUGGAUCUCCGGAGUUCUGGAUGACCGCAGCAAGCUGCGCAGCUUGAAAAGAAUAUCUCUCGACUUCGACAACGACCCGAAGCAGCGAGUAAAGGACUACAAAGAGGCUGGAGUGGAGAUUUUUGGUCGGCUGCUGGAGGCAGGCAUAUCCGUGCACUUCGAGAACGUACGUUUAGUCUGUCUUGAGGCUUGCUGCAAAGAGUGA